UCAACCGUAUAAUCUUAAUAAAAGAUUAUUUUGCAGUAAUAAAACUCCCGGAACAAAGGACCCAACAGAAGGUCGGGUGUUCUCAGGGAUCCAACCUACAGGGAUUCCUCACCUAGGGAACUACCUUGGUGCACUGGAGAGCUGGGUGGCAUUACAGAAUGAGUACAGCUCAGUGCUGUACAGCAUCGUGGACCUUCACUCAAUUACCCAACCGCAGAACCCCAAGCUACUACGCAGCAACAUUCUGGACAUGACCGCUAGUCUCCUGGCCAGUGGCAUUGACCCCACACGCUCCAUCCUCUUCCAGCAAUCUGUGGUUUCAGAGCAUGCUGAGCUCUCCUGGAUCCUGGGCUGCUUGACCAGCAUGCCCCGACUGCGGCACUUACCUCAGUGGAAGAUGAAGAGUAAGCAGAAGAAUGAAGGUAGUGUGGGUCUGUACACCUAUCCAGUGUUACAGGCUGCAGACAUACUGCUCUAUAAAUCCACACAUGUACCAGUGGGAGAGGAUCAGAUCCAGCAUUUGGAGCUAGCCCAGGAUCUAGCCCGUAUAUUCAACAACAAUUAUGGAGAGCUCUUUCCUGAGCCCCGUGCUUUGCUUAGUUUUACGCGAAAGGUAAAAUCUUUAAGAGAUCCCUCCUCUAAGAUGUCCAAGUCAGAUCCACAGAAGUUAGCCACCAUAUUUUUAACCGAUAGCCCCGAUGACAUAGUAUUUAAAAUCCGCAGAGCAGUGACAGAUUUCACUUCUGAGGUCACCUAUGACCCUGCUGAUCGGCCAGGUGUAGCCAACCUGGUGGCCAUGCAUGCUGCUGUUUCUGGCCAGACUAUGGAAGAUGUGGUCAGAUCAGCCGAAGGACUGGACACUGGAAAUUACAAGAAUGUGGUGGCAGAGGCUGUAGUACAAAGACUGGAGCCCAUUAGGCUUGAAAUCCAGAGAUUAAGGGCUGACCCAGGUCAUCUGGAGAGUGUUCUAGCUGAAGGGGCAGAGAAAGCCAGCAGUCUGGCCUCACCAGUGAUGCAGGAGGUCAGAAAAUAUGUGGGUUUUUCCUGAGACUUAAACUUUUUACCCUAUCAGUCUCUUUUACAGGUGGACAAACCUGACAGGAAGACUUGGACAUUAAUAGUACACACCGAUCAGCCAUAACAUUAAAACCACUUCCUUGCUGUGACUCUAUUUGGGUGGUGGGUCAUUCUCAGCACUGCAGUAACACUGACAUGGUGGUGCUGUGUUAGUGUGCGUUGUGCUGGUAUAAGUGGAUAAGAUGCAGCAAUGCUGAUGGAGUUUUUAAAUACUUCACUGUCACUGCUGGACUGAGAAUAGUCCACCAACCAAACCUGUGGGCAGCGUCCUGUGACCACUGAUGAAGGUCUAGAAGAUGACCAACUCAAACAGCAGCAAUAGAUGAGCGAUCGUCUCUGACUUUACAUCUACAAGUUGGACCAACUAGGUAGGAGUGGACAGUGAGUGGACACGGUGUUUAAAAACUCUAGCAGCACUGCAGUGUCUUCUCCACUCAUACCAGCACAACACACACUAACCAUGUCAGUAAACACCACCACCAUGUCAGUGUCACUGCAGUGCUGAGAAUGAUCCACCAUCUAAAUAAUACCUGCUCUGUGGUGGUCCUGUGGGGGUCCUGACCAUUAAAGAACAGGGUAAAAGCAGGCUAGAAAGGUAUGUAGAGAAACAGAUGGAUUACAGUCAGUAAUUGUAGAACUACAAAGUGCUUCUACAGUAUAUGGUAAGUGGAGCUGCUAAAAUGGACAAUGAGUGUAGAAACAAGGAGGUGGUUUUAAUGUUAUGGCUGAUCAGUGUAUUUUGUAUCAGAGAUGUUGUAAUGUAUGACCACCAAUUUUGUAAGUCUGUGUUUAUUUUUGUGUUUGUCUUAAAGAAAUAUGCACAGAACUCAUCAAAGAAACCAGGUGUGGAACUAUCAGAUUUUUUUUAAUUUAUAUUAUUGAAACUGAUAUUUAAAAUAUUUGAACAUGCCCAAAUGUUUUUUUGUUUUGUUUUAUAAAAUGCAAAUCAGAAAUAAAAUCUGCAUUAAAGCCUAAACUUUUUUUUCCAAAUAUAAGCACUUAAACAUAACCACAGCUGAAAAAUAUUGUAGGGUGAAACGUAAAAAAUAUUACUGAUAGUGUUUGAAGGCAAGAAUGAAGCCCAGGUCCCCAGAACUCAUGUCGCUGUGCAGCACCGACUCCACCAGCUGGUCCAGGCGCAUCACUGAUUCCAACUUUUGAAGCAUAAAUACAACCCUGUGUUUCUUAUUACUAGACAUCAGUGGCAGAUAGUCCAGAAUGGUUUUUAGUAGACUUAACCUAUCCAGACUCAAGAACUUAACAUAUUUAAAUUAGAUUAAAUUAGAUUUUUUUAAGUGAGUCUUUUUGUCGCAUCAGAACUUAAGAACAAGCUGAAUACUGAAUAGCUUCAUAGCACUGUUAAUGUAUAAUAUUUACUGAUAAGAUAAGAUAAGAUAAUCCUUUAUUUGUCCCACAGUGGGGAAAUACACAGUUACAGCAGCAAAAGGAUAGCAAGUAUGGAGGUAAAUAUGUAGCAAAAGUUUUGCACCUGUGAAAACGAAAUCUGUAAAAUUUGUACCUGUAAAAAAAAAUCUGUAACUGUGAAAAAGAUUUGUACCUGUAAAAAAUAAAUUUGUAACUGUAAAAAAAAUCUGUAAAAUUUUUCUCUGUAAAAAUAAAAUCUGUA